CUUCCUUAUUUUUAUUGAAAAAUCCUCCUCUUGUUAAGAUAAGAGAGAGUUUCAGACUGAAAUUGUCAUCUCCAAUUUCUAAUAAAGUGUGUCCGUGAUUUUUCGAUCAUGAAACGCAGCGUUUUAAUGUCAUUGUGUUUUUGUUAAACCCGUUUAAGAGUUCACACCCGAUCCAUUCCGUCUAGUCGGAUCAAUGACUGUAACGACAUCGUUGUAACCAUCGAAACUCUUGUACUUUGACAAUAGGGUUUAAGCUCUCUUCACUCUCACAGCACUCCUCUGAAGCCGUAAUGGCUUCGUUAUGUAGAUCAGCCAUAGCCACAGCUUCGAAAUCUGUCGCUGCUCGAUCCAAAACCACAACCCUGAAGACCAUCAACCCAAAAUCCAUUUUUUCUGCUUUCUCUUCAUCCACCAGCUCCCUCCCUCGUGCCGCAAGGGUUGUUUCGAUUUUGGGGAGUGUUGAGUCACUGAUGCCUCUUCACAGUGCUAUUGCUUCUGCGCGGCUCAAGUCAUACAUUGCUGUUGAUUCAACCUGCUGGAGCUGGCUUUCUCAAGACUUUGCAGUUCCUCGGUGACACAAGCUUCAGUCUUUCCAAACUUAGUUGGCCUGCAUUUGUGGUUUUUCUUCUACCUCUGUUGGUUCCUUCAAUACUUUUCCAUUUCCUUCCCAUUCAUGGAUAGUGCUUAACUUAUCGUGUGGCACCAGAUCAUAUUCUACUAUGGUUGUUGAUACUAUAUCCUUUGUUUUCAUAAGCUAGAAAACCUUUUUCCCCUGCUUUGCAGGUCUUUACUUGCACACUUUAUCCUUUUUUUUUUUUUUGUCACCACACUAUCAUCAGGUAAUGCUUCAAUAACUGAUCAAAAAUUAAUGUAGGAAUGUUUCUUCUGUUCAAAUUUGGUAUAAACAUCAGAGGUUUUCUGUUUUGAAGUGA